AUGCAGCAUAUCGGAAUCCCCAGGAUUCCGAGUGGAAUCCCCAGGAUUCCGAGUGGAAUCCCCAGGAUUCCGAGUGGAAUCCGCAGGAUUCCGAGUGGAAUCCCCAGGAAUCCCCGGGAUCCCGAGUGGAAUCCCCGGGAUCCCGAGUGGAAUCCCCGGGAUCCCGAGUGGAAUCCCCAGGAUUCCGAGUGGAAUCCCCAGGAUUCCGAGUGGAAUCCCCAGGAUUCCGAGUGGAAUCCCCAGGAUUCCGAGUGGAAUCCCCAGGAUUCCGAGUGGAAUCCCCAGGAUUCCGAGUGGAAUCCCCAGGAUUCCGAGUGGAAUCCCCAGGAUUCCGAGUGGAAUCCCCAGGAUUCCGAGUGGAAUCCCCAGGAUUCCGAGUGGAAUCCCCAGGAUUCCGAGUGGAAUCCCCAGGAUUCCGAGUGGAAUCCCCAGGAUUCCGAGUGGAAUCCCCAGGAUUCCGAGUGGAAUCCCCAGGAUUCCGAGUGGAAUCCCCAGGAUUCCGAGUGGAAUCCCCAGGAUUCCGAGUGGAAUCCCCAGGAUUCCGAGUGGAAUCCCCAGGAUUCCGAGUGGAAUCCCCAGGAUUCCGAGUGGAAUCCCCAGGAUUCCGAGUGGAAUCCCCAGGAUUCCGAGUGGAAUCCCAGGAUUCCGAGUGGAAUCCCAGGAUUCCGAGUGGAAUCCCCAGGAUUCCGAGUGGAAUCCCCAGGAUUCCGAGUGGAAUCCCCAGGAUUCCGAGUGGAAUCCGCAGGAUUCCGAGUGGAAUCCGCAGGAUUCCGAGUGGAAUCCGCAGGAUUCCGAGUGGAAUCUGCAGGAUUCCGAGUGGAAUCCGCAGGAUUCCGAGUGGAAUCCGCAGGAUUCCGAGUGGAAUCCGCAGGAUUCCGAGUGGAAUCCGCAGGAUUCCGAGUGGAAUCCGCAGGAUUCCGAGUGGAAUCCGCAGGAUUCCGAGUGGAAUCCGCAGGAUUCCGAGUGGAAUCCGCAGGAUUCCGAGUGGAAUCCGCAGGAUUCCGAGUGGAAUCCGCAGGAUUCCGAGUGGAAUCCGCAGGAUUCCGAGAUUCCGAGUGGAAUCCGCAGGAUUCCGACUGGAAUCCGCAGGAUUCCGGACUGGAAUCCCAGGAUUCCGAGUGGAAUCCCCAGGAUUCCGAGUGGAAUCCCCAGGAUUCCGAGUGGAAUCCCCAGGAUUCCGAGUGGAAUCCCCAGGAUUCCGAGUGGAAUCCCCAGGAUUCCGAGUGGAAUCCCCAGGAUUCCGAGUGGAAUCCCCAGGAUUCCGAGUGGAAUCCCCAGGAUUCCGAGUGGAAUCCCCAGGAUUCCGAGUGGAAUCCCCAGGAUUCCGAGUGGAAUCCCCAGGAUUCCGAGUGGAAUCCCCCAGGAUUCCGAGUGGAAUCCCCAGGAUUCCGAGUGGAAUCCCCAGGAUUCCGAGUGGAAUCCCCAGGAUUCCGAGUGGAAUCCCCAGGAUCCGAGUGGAAUCCCAGGAUUCCGAGUGGAAUCCCCAGGAUUCCGAGUGGAAUCCCCAGGAUUCCGAGUGGAAUCCCCAGGAUUCCGAGUGGAAUCCCCAGGAUUUCCGAGUGGAAUCCCCAGGAUUCCGAGUGGAAUCCCCAGGAUUCCGAGUGGAAUCCCCAGGAUUCCGAGUGGAAUCCCCAGGAUUCCGGGAUCCCAGAUUCGGAGUGGAAUUCCCCAGGAUUCCGAGUGGAAUCCCCAGGAUUCCGAGUGGAAUCCAGGUCCGGUGAAUCCCAGGAUUCCGGUGGAAUCCCCAGAUUCCGGGUGGAAUCCCCAGGAUUCCAAGUGGAAUCCCAAGGAUUCCGGGUGGAAACCCAAGGAUUCCGGGUGGAAUCCUAA